AUGGAGCAUCUGCUCAAUACCCCCGUGGUGGGGCCGUACAUGCUGCAGGAACUCGUCGAGGAUCUGCCACUCAACACCCCCGAAAACGACCAUGUAGAUAUAACAUGCCUAGAGGCAUGGGAGCAGAACCUCUAUGUCGGCACCUCCGCACACGAAAUCUUGCAUUUCGUCUCUAUCCCACCUACCCCAGCUCCUAUCUCAUCAAGUGAGCCUCCAAAGCCCAUUUAUAUACUUGCAUCUCGUCUGCAGCCUCCUUCAACUAGAACGGAGCCUUCUAUGCAUAUCAAGCAGAUUGUCAUAAUCCCAAAUGUUUCAAGAGCGUGUGUGCUUUCCUCCACAGGGUUCCUGUCAUUUUAUACCUUGCCGGAAUUUUCGCCAGUGUCUGGCGCAAAGCUAAAGGAGGCCUCUUUCAUUGGAGCUCUGGACCUGGAUGAGGAGGAGUAUGAGAGACGAGGCGGCGAAAUCAGUGAUGAGCGAGGGAAACAACCGUGCGAAGAGAUUCCACUUUUUCCAAUAUCUUCAAAUUUUAGAGAUGAGCCUUCUCCACCUCCGCCUCCCCCACCUCCUCCUCCUCCGCCCCCGCCUCCACCUGCUCCAGCGCCAGCGCCAGUUAUGGAACGAUCUGCGUCUAGCUCUUCAGCGCCUAUGUCAAGAACGCCUUCAGGGUCCCAUCCUCCGCGAACAUCAUCACUAAGUGGAAACCGGGAGAGAAGAAACAGUUCUGCUGCAAUGACCCGAGAACCAAGCACCGGUGCUCCACAUAUUAGAUCUAGUAGCGCAAGUAAUAUUGGCCUUGGGCGACCUGGUUCGAGGGCUAGUGGCACUCGUGGGAAAACACCAUCCCGAUUAUCAGUUCCAGGUGCCUCUACAUCGAGGCCAACGUCGCCUGCUCCAGUCUCGCCGAAUUCGCCUCAGUCGAGCUCCCCUACUACUCACGCCCCAGGGCCUUCAAGUGGGAGUAGGAGAGCUUCGAAUGCCUCUUCGGCUGUGCAAAGCCCUAGCCUUGGCCCAUCGAGGUCGAGAACCUCAACUCCAGUACCAACUGUUUCAAACAGGCCGUUGCUACCACAUAUUGCCUCGCCAAACCCUUGUGAGUUUCUUUUAACAACAGGGACACGAUGGGAAGACCCUGGAGUGGGGUUGUUUGUGAGCGAUGAAGGUGAUGUUACAAGAGGAACGAUCAGCUUUGAAAGGUAUCCGGAAGAUAUUCUGAUUCAGGGAAGCUGGGUCAUUGCCAUUAUUCCAGGCCGAGGAAUAGAAGUUCAACGCUGGGAUCUCGAGGGUGGAGAUGCCGAGGAAGAGGAUAGAAAGGGAAUUUUGGAAAUGAAUUUGGAUGGGUCGAGACUGGGUAUCAAGGAAGUAAAUGGCCUUGAUGGAAGUGUAGUUGGUGGGGUCGUGGCAAAGCUGAGACUAGAGCGAAUAUCUUUGAAGCCGGAGGCCGAGAGCGAUGGUGGUGGUGAGGAAUUGAAAAGAAGAGAGAUGGAGGAGAAGGUUAUUGCGGGACGAAUUUCAACCGUGGACAGUAGGGCUGUUGUUUUCAAGGGAAAGAAAAUAUGGGUUUUGGUACAAAGCCCAUUGGCGCUAAGAUUGGACUCUAAGCUGCCAAUGGUCACAGCAGAAACACUCGACGAGACGCCUAAAACAAGAGUCCAAAACAUUCUAAAGACGCUUCGAAAGGUUGACGCAAUCGAACCAAGCACCGAGAGGGAGUUCCAUGAGGUCGCUUAUAUACGGCAGAAAGGAGGCCUACUGCUACUAGGAGAGUUCCUCCGGCUCCAGACGUUUGAAGGCACCGAGAUCGAGCAACAGGAAGUUAUUAUGACCGAGGAGGCGCUCAUUGAGAGUGCCCUGGACCCAAGACUUGUCCUGGCGCUUUUUGGCGCGGACUUUAAGAAUGAUAUCGUGAUGAGUAAUGGUGGUAUUUGGGUUUAUGGAGGUGUCAAACAGCGCUACCUGGCUGUUUGGAAAAGAAAGAAGGGGUUUGGAAGUAUAGCAGACGAAAAAGAGAUCUUUGCGACUGUCGACAUUUCCUUGAUCCGAGUAAUACUCAUGCUCGAUUCUCCAGAAUAUCUUCCUCAAAGGGGUACUACUUUGGUUCCCGAAGGAAACGUUAGGGCGGAACUUUAUACAUUGGUUGAGAAGGACGUAGAAGACUUUGAUGGGACAGCAAAACUUCUAAAUGAUUUCGGAAGACUUUAUGUCCUCAGUAUACUUCUCCAAAGCAGGAAACUUUUUCGAGAGGUCCUGGGAACGUGGAAGAGACUUUUAGAAGAGGGGGACGCUACAGGAGAGUUUGGCGACGGUGAAGAAAGAGUCAAAAAGUAUCUACUAGGUCUGAAGGAUAGGGUACUGGUUGAAGAGUUUGGUAAAUGGCUGGCAGCCCGAAAUCCAAGGUUGGGUAUUCAAGUUUUUUCGGACGAGAAGGCCAAGGUCAAAUUUGAACCUGCAAAAGUUCUGGAAAUCCUGAAAGAGUAUUCGCCCACAGCUGUAAGAGGCUAUGUCGAAUCCCUUGUUGAAAAGGGGAACACAGAAUACGCAGAUGAGCUGAUAUUCUUGUACCUUGAUGAUUUAAUAAAUGUCCUCGACACCUCGCCUUCUGCCUGUGAGCGACUUCAGGUCUCUUAUGAGUCUUACAGGGCUCUUACUUCACCGAAACCUACAUACCGCGAGUUCAUUGUUGACAACUCAACGCCAUCAUUCGAAAGUGGUGGGCAAAAUGAUUGGUGGAGGGAUCGAUUACGUUUUCUCGAACUUUUAGGAGGCGAGGGGAGCUAUGAUAUCCCCAAAGUCCUUGCACGCCUGAGCAAAUUCAGAGAUGUGCUUGUCCCUGAGAUGGUUAUCCUCUAUGGAAAAGAAGCCCGUCACGAAGACGCUAUCCGGUUACUCACACAUGGAUUAGAAGACUUUGAUACAGCUAUCAACUACUGUCUCUUUGGUGGACUCAGCAUCUUUCAAACACGUAAAAUAAUCACCGAUCGUGAGGAGCAAAAAGCACUGUUUGCAGUACUUCUAGGGGAGUUUUUGAAGCUGGAAGACUAUGACGACCGAUUAGAACAAACGAGGAUGUUGUUAGAAAGAUUCGGCGGAUGGUUGGAUCUGGUGCAUGUUUUAGAAGUUGUGCCUGAAAAUUGGAGCGUUGAAACGCUGUCUGGUUUCUUGUUAAGUGCACUGCGGCAGAUGGUAAGGGAGAAGGCGGAAGUGAGUGUUUUAAGAGGGCUGAGAAGAGGUGAAAACCUGAAGGUUGAAAGUGCGUUUGUGGAUAAAUGUGAUGAGAUUGGUCCUUCGAUUGAGAAGUGA